AGAGUCAUAUGCACAAUGAAAUGAUUUCAUUUUCUUACAGAAACUUUUAAGAGCAUAUACGAGAAAUUACUCUUAAACGUUUUGUGAAUAUAAUCUCACAAAAUAUAAAUAAAAUAUACGGAAGAUUUAGGAUCACGUAGGAAUUAACAAUACGGAAUUUAAUGUUUUCAUAUCAGAAUUUCUUUAUUUAACUUCAAAGAUUUCUGAUAAAAUAUUUUUACAUGCUAAAUAAGGCGUUACAGGAAAUACAGGAUAUUGAAGAAAAAAUACCCUACAUUAUCUCAUAUAUUGAUAUUUAGGGCGUCAAGGUGCCAUAAAUUAUCAAUAACUGAUUAGAGACGGAAUUUAAUUUUGAACUUAAGAAUAAGAAGAUGUACCACCAAACCAAUACCGGACUUCUUAAUUAUGUUAUAGUUAUCAACAAGGAACCAUGAGUUAUAUACGUAGAGGGGACAUAAUGAUACAUAGUUUAGAUCUCAGUCAACUUCCCACUAACUCCAGGUCAGGUUCGAACAUCAACCAGUGCGACAGUAUGGAAUCGACAAUAAGCGAAAGUUCUGAACAUUAUGCAACAUUAGGGAGAACACAAAGAAAUACAACCGGAAGUUGUAGCAAUCCGGACAGUCAUCGGUGUAAUAUAAACACGGUACCUUACACACGUUAUAUAAGACCCUGUACCAAUCUUCCGGAUGUGAAUGGUAAUACCAGUAUUUUAAAACCUACAGCAGAAAAUGACUCAAAUUCAAACCCUAUCCAAUUAAGUACCUGGAAGAAACGAAGAGGCGAUAGAAGUAGGGUUCGGAAAAGAAAAAUUGUAUUUAGUUUCGUAUGUGGACUUGUUUUUGGUUUUAUCAUAUUUUCUAUUGUUUGGUUAACAGUUGACCGUCUUAAGGAAAAUAAAAUCAUAUGUGAAUUUAGUGACAAAUCUAAAGGUGAAAUAAACAUAAAUGAUAGAAAAAAUAUUUCUACGUCCACACAAAAAACUCAAACAACUACACAAAGUCAAGAUUCAGUCGCAGACGGACCUACAAAAAGUACAGUUUCAGGUAUUUCUUCUCCAUUGACGACGAAACUAAUCGAAACAUCUAACCCGACUCUUUCUGAGUCAACAGUGUUAACAACUAGUCAAUUAUCAUCUCGUCUGCAAUCUUUUACUCCUCCUGUGACUGAGAAAAAAACAACAACCAAAUCAUCAACAUUGUUUUCUUCAACAAGCAAAGACACUACCUCAAGCACCGAGUCACCAACAACUACCAAGGAUAGAAAUGCUGAAAGCCAGACUUUGUCUGAGAUCUCGACUGAACCUACCAGUAAUGCCCAAGAUGAUCCAGUUUCUUCAACUACUCAAAUCAGUCCGAAAACUAGCUUGAUAAGUAUAACAGACGAAACAUCUCCUUCCGGUCAUUCUUCUCCUCUACCUUCUGAUUUGACGUCUGCUUCUGUGUCCGGCUCUGCGUCUACAACAGCUGCUUCUGCUGAAGAUUUUCCAGAAAACGUUGAUAAAAGAAGUGUACAAGGUGGCCAUGUUUAUGUAAGAUGGGGAAGUUUGUCAUGUCCUCUUCAGUCAGAACAAUUGUACAAAGGGUAUGCUGCUGGAGGACAUUAUCAACAUCAAGGUGGCGCCACAAAUACAAUAUGUCUACCGGAAGUUCCAACAUGGGGUAACUAUAGCGACAACGCUGAUUCAGAUCGCGCACUUGUUUACGGGACAGAAUAUGGCAGCACCGAUUCUUCAUUUACAGCAACUACAGGAGGGAAAUUACGAAAUAAAGACGUACCAUGUAGUGUCUGCCAGGCAGCUGGACGACUAUCUCAUAUUAUGAUUCCUGGAAAGGCGGAAUGUUUUCCUGGCUGGACACAAGAAUACAAAGGUUAUUUAAUGGGAAGUGGAUAUAUACAAAAUCAUGCGUCGGAAUUAAUAUGUGUGGAUUCAAGACCUGACCAUGUGGCCGGAAGUAGCACGUUUAAAGGCGGGAACUUAUUAUAUUUAGCUGAAGUACGCACAGGGACGCUGCCAUCACCCCCGUACGUGAAUGGACGAGAAUUAGCGUGUGUCGUCUGCACUUCUUAAGUUAACAGAGCAACAGCGUUGGUAGAUGUCUUAUC